CCUUAACAAUGCAAACACAAUGAAUCAUGCUUUCUUUUUCAUACACCGUAACAGAUGUUUGGCUGCGUGUCAUGGCAAUCCCUAUAGCCAUCUUGGACUGUGAUCUACUCUUACAUGGUCGAGGACACAAGACCCUGGACCGCUUUGACCUGGGCUCUGUCCCAGACACUGUCCUCCUCUCGCAAUUUGGCUUCCCCAGAGAGUUUAUUCUGUAUCUGGUGGAAUUACUCAGAGAGGCUCUCUGCAGACGUACACAGCGGUCCAGAGCCAUCAGUCCUGAGGUCCAGGUGUUGGCUGCGUUGGGCUUCUACACAUCUGGCUCUUUCCAGACAUCUAUGGGAGAUACAAUAGGGAUCAGCCAGGCGUCAAUGUCAAGAUGCGUGUCCAAUGUGACCAGAGCCCUGGUGGAGAAAGCUCCCCAGUUCAUCACGUUCAACAGAGAUCCUUCGAGCACAGAGCAGUUUCAGAGGGUGGCAGGAUUCCCAGGAGUACUUGGGGUGCUGGACUGUGUUCAGGUCACCAUCAAAGCUCCCAACAGCGAAGACUCGUCAUACGUGAACAAGAAGGGGUUUCACUCAGUGGGCUGUCAGCUGGUUUGUGAUGCCAGAGGAUUGUUACUCAGCGCAGAGACACACUGGCCAGGAGGACUCAGAGACACGGAUGUUCUAGAAAGAUCUGCUCUCCCCAAACAGCUGCAGGACACAGAGGAGGGCUGGCUGCUGGGUGACCGUCGCUACCCUUUGAGGAAGUGGUUGAUGACCCCGGUUGACUGCCCAGAGUCCCCUGCAGAGUUUCAAUAUAACCUGGCCCACGCGGCUACACAUGAGAUAGUGGACAGAACCUUCAGAGCCAUCCAGACCAGAUUCAGAUGUUUGGACGGCACCAAAGGAUACCUACAGUAUUCUCCAGAGAGGAGUUCCUCCAUCCUGCUGGCCUGCUGUGUCCUCCACAACGCCUCCCUGCAGUCUGGAUUAGACGCCUGGACUCUGGAGAGGACCGACCCCCUGGAGCAGCCAGAGAGCCUGGAACAGAGACCUGAGGAGCGCGACAGCCAGGCAGAGGACCUCAGAAAACAGCUCAUACUCAAACACUUCAGCUGAACUGCUGAUCGAAAAAGGAAAUCAAGACUGAAUCAAGACUGAGAUCAGAGCAAACCAGACUCUUUUUUUCUUUUCUUUUUUAAACAAAUGAAAUUAAAGACAGCAUUUGAAGCAAGAAAGUCCACAGACACAGUGUUGCUGAUGCAGAUUUUUUAUAUUUUGCUUGUAUCUACUCUACUGACUACACUAAGAUAACAUAGUUGUAUAUGGAGGAACAUGCAGGACGCUAUACAACAAACAAAGACAACAUUAAACCCAAACACAUUUGAAAUAACUGGAGGCCCUGGAAAGUGCUUGAUUAUUUCCCCUCCAACAAAGAGGUCAGAAUAAUCAAGCGCUCCCUGGUGUUUUACAACUAUUUGAACUGUGUGCAGCUGCUGUGUUAUCAAAGUUUCUUUACAGGUGGAAAAAGUCACCCUCCCUUAAUUUUUUAACCCCCCCCUUCUUUACAUAUUCUUUGCCCAACGUUUUUCUCCAUUAUUUUUCUUUCCCACGUGCUUCCACAGGUUAAAAUCUUGGACUAUGUCACAAUACAAAACCAAAGGCCCUUAUUUACAACAACUGCACAUUAGGUCGUCAUUAUUUAUGUACACCGGUGCUUUAAGACUGUUAUGGGUGAGAAUGACUGGAUGUUUGUGCAACGGGCUGCAGUCACAUGAUGUUUUUUGUGUACACACACUGUAUGAGGGACACAAAAUGGAACAUAUACAGAGAUGAAUAAUAAAAAACUGGAAAUCUGUGUUAAUUGCAAUGUUUUGGAGAAUAAAAAAAAUGAGUAAUUGUGUUCUCACGGAUUUGGAGUUGGACAGUGGAAUGGCUGUUUUCAUACCCUUUAAUUUGAAGGAAUAUCAUGACAUUUAAUUGUUCAAUUCAUUAUUUUUUUCUUACAUUGUCAGACUAGUGGUGAAGAAAGACUUUGUAAAUGUCACAAUGUUCCUUCAGAUUGUGGAGAUAACAAAGCUAGUGGUGUUUUACUUCCUAGAAUGUAUUAGUCCCCUGAUUGGCUUCAUCAAUAUAUACACACUUUCUACAAACAGGAAUAAAUACAACAAACACUGCUGUCGCAUGAGCACAUUUAGCAUUUAUGUUGAGAUGUUUCCUUCUGCUGCUUUAUUGGAGGUUAUAAUUUGAGCAUUAUUGUCAAUGUUUUAAUUAUUUAAAAUUCUGCAGUUUAUUUGCAAAUCAUUUCUGUGGCUUUUUAGGUCAAGAAACUUCAGCUAAAAAUGGGCCUUAAAGGUUUAAUUGUACAAGCUAACGUCAUUUUUAAUUCAUGAGGGAACAAAAAAGACCCUCGUAGCUUCUCACGCGACAGCAGUGAAACAUAAACACUGUAUUACAGUUAAAAGACACAAACAGAUCAUGUCAAAGUUUUACACUCCAUGAAACAGCAUGUUGACUACACACCAUCAUGUAAAACUUCAUCAUCCUAAAUGCCAAAACACAACAUACAAUUCCUUUUUUUUUUCUUGCAUAAA